AUGAGUGAGAGAGACAUACAAAGCCUGAGCAAAUGGGUUUUCGUGCUCACUCUCUGCCUUACCACGCUGUGGGGAAGACUGACUCUGGCCUCCACCCAUCACAGAAGCCAUUCAGUGCACGUGGAGCCUGGCACCUGUGAGGUGAUCGCAGCUCACCGCUGCUGCAACAAGAACAAGAUCGAGGAGCGCUCGCAGACGGUGAAGUGCUCCUGCUUCCCGGGGCAGGUGGCAGGGACGACUCGGGCAGCUCCCUCCUGUGUGGAUGCCUCCAUCGUGCUGCAGAAGUGGUGGUGCCAGAUGGAGCCCUGCCUAGCUGGGGAGGAGUGCAAGGUUCUGCCUGACCUCUCAGGCUGGAGCUGCAGUAGUGGCAACAAAGUGAAGACGACCAAGCCCCUGUCUGAGGCAGUCAGCUGUGGCAGAGCACUACAUGAUUAUUAUUUUCCUGGCUUGCUGAAUGCCCUGAAGAACAAGGUAUAA